CUGUUGUUAAGGGUUUGUUCGAAAGCUCCGUGCGCUAGCUUCAAUUUUUGUCGUCGUUGUGCGAAAAAACCAAUAAAAAUCAAUUGAAAAUGUUUGUGUCGACAGUCUCUCGCAUUGCCCCCGUUGCCAGGAAUGUGCUCCUCAACAACACCAAGCAAUACUUGCGACCAUUGAGCAGCGCCGUCAUCAGCCAGAGCCAAACUUUGGCCGCCCAGAACACAACCCCCGUUGCAUUACUGCCACAAAUCAGGUCAUUCCAGACCUCGCCAGUCACGCGUGACAUUGAUUCGGCUGCCAAAUUCAUUGGUGCUGGUGCUGCAACAGUCGGUGUCGCUGGUUCCGGUGCCGGUAUUGGAACAGUAUUCGGUUCCCUUAUCAUCGGUUAUGCCAGAAAUCCAUCGUUGAAACAGCAGCUGUUCUCGUACGCCAUCUUGGGUUUCGCCCUGUCUGAGGCUAUGGGUCUGUUCUGUCUUAUGAUGGCCUUCCUGCUGCUCUUCGCCUUCUAAGCGUCGCUCGUCGUUUCCUUCGUGCAAUUGUGCGUGUGUGUGUGUGAUGAGCUUGGAUAGCCAUCCAAGAGCAACUGCAUCCAAACGGCAACAGCAACGAGAAGCAAAAGUAUAAGAAAACCAACCAGCAACAACAACCAGCGUUCGUUUUUCGAUUAUUAAUGAUAACAAAGAAUGAUAGAAACACCAACAUCAUGUACUAUCUAAUUAUAAAAUACCAACAUAAUAUAUAAUUUUGUUUUUAAAAAACAACA